UUUAAAAGACAGAUAUCUUCUCCUCCUUGGAGAUAAUCGGCGACGAUUAACCUUUUCUUAAAAAACGUGAACGAGGCUCGACGAACGCGCUCCGAUGAGAGAAAGGGUUCGAUGGUUUAAAACGGUGCCGAUCGAUCGCGCACCGUUUCGUCCUCCUCCCGAUCCGUAGAUUGGGGAUAUGCAAAAGGAGCGAUGUAGGUGCGGGCGUAGGGUCGCAGAAUCCUCGAUAUACGCGGCACGAGGAAGGAAGAGGGGGAGGUGCUGUAUGGACCGGUGAGGGUCGAAACGGUGAGGGUUGGUGGGCAUGCGCCGACGUUCCUUUCCUCUCCAGAUACUAUGAGCGGUGGUGUCUACGGCGGAGACGAGGUCGGUGCUAUAAUUUUCGACGUUGGACACCAGAGCCUACGCGUUGGUUAUGGCGGUGAGGACACGCCGAAGGCUGAGAUCCCGACCACCCUCGGUGUAUGGGAGGAGAGCGUCGAGUCGGCGGACGGCGGUCAGAACGUCAGGAAGCACUACAACAUCGAUGUCACGGCCAUUCAAGUGCGAAAGAAGGAUAUGGAGAUGGUUAGUUUAAUGAAGGACGGGAUGAUCGAGGAUUGGGACAUGUUCGAGCGGCUGACCGAGUACACGUACAAGCAACGGCUUCACGCCCUCUCGGAACACCAUCCGAUCCUGAUGACCGAGUGCCCUUGGAACACGAGGUUGAAGCGUGAAAAAUUGCUGGAGCUGAUGUUCGAGAAGUUCAACGUUCCAGCGAUGUACAUCUGCAAGAACGCCGUUUUGGCAGCGUACGCGAACGGGAGAUCGACGGCCAUGGUUGUGGACAGCGGGGCGACUCACACGAGCGCGGUCCCUGUGCACGACGGUUACGUCAUCACCCAGGGAAUCGUGAAGAGCCCGUUGGGCGGCGAUUUCAUCACGAUGCAGUGCAGGCAAUUCUUCGAGGAGAAGGAGAUCGAGCUGACCCCGGCCUGCCUGGUCGCGAGCAAAGAUGUGGUCCGUGAAAGGGACCCACCACGCUGGAUCAAGAGGGCCGGUCCCCAACCGACGUCUUCCUGGAUGAGUUAUAUGGUCAGAGAGUUGUUGCAAGACUUUCAAAUGAAUUGUCUCCAAGUCUCGGACAGUCCUUACGACGAGGACGUGGCCAACACUUUGCCAAUGAAACACUACGAGUUCCCGACCGGGUACAACGAUGAUUUCGGUUCCGUCAGGCUGAUGAUCCCUGAAGCCCUGUUCGAUCCGAGCAACGUGAAGGGCGUUGGGGCCAGCAUUCUUGGGGUUGGUCCUCUAGUCACCACCAGUGUGGGCAUGUGCGACAUGGACAUCAGACCUAGUUUGUACGGAAGCGUGGUGGUUACAGGCGGCAAUUCCUGUCUGCAGGGUUUUAGCGAAAGACUGAAUCGUGAUUUAGCCAGCAAAACUCCUCCGAGUAUGAGACUGAAAAUAAUUAGCGCGAACAGCUCGAGCGAACGGCGAUACGGCGCGUGGAUCGGUGGAUCGAUCCUCAGCUCCCUCGGAUCCUUCCAGCAGAUGUGGUUGUCGCGGCAAGAGUACGAGGAAUCGGGUAAACUGAUUCUGGAGCGGUGCGCGUGAUCAAAAGCUCAAGCAACAAUCAAAAUUAUAUUUCGUGAUUAUUUUUACAAAUCGUCCGACAUUCUCUAUAUACGUGUAUAACUAAUUUAUGCGCGCGGUCAAGACGGCGCAUAAUUUCUAAAUAAGUUAAGUAUUUCGAACGAUCAUUUCGAAGCGUUAAGGGCCAACACGAGACAAUACGAGCGAUCGAUAUCAAAAAAAAAUAACGAUUAAUGAUCGAAUGGUUUUGCGCGAGACGCGUGUUAGACAAAUUUGUAUGCCCGAAGAAAAAGAAAAAAAAGAAACGAACGUUGACUAGCAUGUUAUUCUGUGAAGCGUGCGCUAUCGGUUCUUAUAUUUCAUGCAAUAUCUUUGUGGAACUCGAUGAAAGAUCUUUAAAGAUUUUUGAGAUUCAAAGUUUGAUACUUGAAGGUUGACAAACGACAAAAGAAAAAUGGAAGUUUCUAAAGAAGCAUCGAGUUUGAGUUUAUUAUCUUUACAAUUUUUUAAUUCAGUGAUAUAGAAAAAUUUCGAAUGAUCUCUUUGAAGAUGAAACAUCAAGUUCUCUUUGCUUGGAUCAAUAUACAACAAAAUAUUAUUUCAUUAGAAUAAAUGCAUGCGGUGCGCUUCUAAAAAAAGAAAGAAAUACAGUUCCUAACUGCUCGAACAAUCUUGCGUUGACAAUUCGGAUCUAUCGUUCGACGUUGCAAUGGAAGAGUCGACAGUGCGGGUGAUUGAUAAAGAGAAAGAAUGUGUCCAAAGAGGAAGAAACUGAUUUUGAAAAAAAAAGAAGAUUUCACCGUUUAUUUCGAAUCCGAAUAAUCACAACAACAAAUUACACAGUUUUAUUCCAAAUUUCAGUUUUAUCGUUCACGCUAUUCUGUAUAUCGUUCGUUGUUCUUUUUCCUUGUUUCAAUUUUCUUUUUCUUUUUUUUUUUAAUUAUAAUAAAAAGGAGGAAGGAAAAAUAGUAAUAUAGUAAAAUAAAAUUGGGGAAAACCGCGAACCGCAACAUUUCAUUUUUUUAAAAACGCGUCACGAGCAGUUCCAAUUCUACAACGACAAAUAUAUAAUAUAUUACGAUACGACGUAGUAAACAAUAUAAUAUCUCUUAUAUAAAUAUAUAUAUAUAUAUACUCUAUAUAUAUAUAUUUAUAUUUAUAUUUCAAAAUAAAUGUAGGAAACAGUAUUAUCGAUAUAUCACAUAUACAAUAUGUACUUAGGAAGAGGCGAAUUAUUUUGUUAGAAAAAAAAAAAAAAAAGAAGAAGAGAAAAAGAAGGGCCUUUCUCGCACAAGCGGCGAAAUUUUUAUUCGUCGAUUUUUGGCUCUUCCAGAUUGUUUGAUCUGCGAUUCGAUUAUAACGAUUAAAUAUUUAAUACUUUCACGUGUCCCAACAAAUAUUCUGUCCGCGUGGGAAUGUUUAAAAAAUUUCGGUUGUGAUAUUGAAAUUCGAUUUAAUUUUCUCGUAUACGAAAAGAAAGGGAAAAGAAAGUGAUUGAUUUGUGAGGAGGCGUCGAGAAACAACUCAACUCAGUGAUUAACUAUAGAUACGCGAUGGUUGGUGCAUCAAGCGAAAUUACAAAUUAAAAAUAGUGGUAAUUUCUUUUCCAAAACGAAUAUAAUCGAGUAUACAUGCGGAGAAGAAAGAAAGAAAGAAAGAAAGAAAUAAAGAAAAGAAAAAAAAUAUCGUAAAUUCGCUGUUUCGUUCAUCGAAUCCACCCACGACAAGCGGCGGAUAAUCGAUGCGUUACGCUAACUAAUAAAUACUGGUAUCGUUCUUAUCAUCGAACGACCAACGUGAAACGGCGUAAAAACCUAAUAGCUAAAAGACGCAUCAUAAAAACGCAUUUACACGUGUUUGUAACCAUAAUCGGUAAACUAUCGCGUUUAACAAGUGUAUCAACCGCGACACUCGACCACGUGGAUCGAAUUCUAUCGAAUACAUUUGAAUCGAGGCGAGACUUCCUCGUCUGCAUCCAAUUUCUGGCUCGUUUGUCGCGUGUUUUCGUUCUUCGUUUCUUUGAAAAAAAAAAAAAAAAGAAAA